CUUACUCAUAUAGAACACUAGGGCUCACAGCUGUUCGUAAACGGCUGCAAGCUCCAAUGAAAUUAGCAGGGCAGCGACGACCGUGCGGGGCAGCCACGAGGUCUAGUGGCCAUGGACAUAGGAUGAAAUAUACGCCAUGCGCUCAGCAGGUCACAAGUUCCCGUGCGACGAUCAAUGUUGUCGGCGCGGACGAGCAACCUUCGACCUCGUCUUCGUCGGUUAGCAGCAGCAGGAUUGUCACUGGUCUCAAUCGUCGCCAGGCGGGCCUCGGAGCGGCAGCCCUGCUGGCGCUGGUGGCGGGCGGGGACCAGGCUCAAGCAACCAAGACGAUCACGUUGCGGGAUGGCACGGAGGUUGCCGCAUUCGAGCACGGCAUGACGCUGUCGAUCGUGGCACUGCGCGGCUCGGUGCCGCAGCAGUGGGCCCUGGACUUUAAAAUGAGCAUAGGCAAGUACUGCGGCUUCUCCAUAGACCAGCGCGCACAGCUGCAGGACAUCUGGAAGGAGCUGUCCGAUGUGAGCGGCACUAACAAGCGCAGCGCCGGCGUCGCGGACGUUGUCACCCUGGGCGACGCCUGGCUGGGGCCGGCGGUGGCGCGGCGGCUGGUGCAGCCCAUCGCGGGCGCCGACAGCUGCCGCUGGUGGCGCAUGCUGCCGCCGGCCAUGCGGGCGGCGGCGCGGCGCAACCCCGUCACGGGCGCGGUGGACCCGGCCGGGCCGGUGUACGGCGCACCGUACAGGUGGGGCUGCACGCUGGUGGCGUACCGGCGCGACCGGCUGCUGCGCCGCGGCGGCAGCCCGGUGCUGGACUGGGCGGACCUGCUGCAGCCGGCGCUGCAGGGCAGGGUGGCCAUGGUGGACUCGCCGCGCGAGCUGCUGGCGGUGGCGCUGCGCACCUUUGACCUGGAGGCCGCGGGGCUCAGCGUCAACAGCAGCGCGGCGCAGCUGGCGGCGGCAGGCAUCACGGAGCAGGCGCUGCAGGAGCGUGUGGCCGCGCUGCGGCGGCAGGUGCGGCUGUUCAGCAGCCGCGACCACGUGCGCGCGCUGCAGGCGGGGGACGUGUGGGCGGUGGUGGGCUACUCGCACGACCUGGUGCUGCUGGCUGAGCGCAGCGGCAAUGUGGAGCUGGUGGCGCCGCUGUCCGGCACACAGCUGUGGGCGGACGUGUGGGCGGUGCCGGCGGGCGCGCAGGGGGGGCACCGCAAAGCCGGCCCCAGCCCGCUGCUGCCGGUGUGGAUUGAGUUCACGUUGUCGCCUGGCCGCAUCUCAGGCCAGCCCGGGCUCAAGGGCGGAGCACCCUCCGUGUUGCUGCCGGGCGACACGGGGCUGGCGGGCCUGGCGCCGUACGCCUUCGAGCCUUCCAGCACCCCCUCCGCCACCUCCGCCUCCUCCUCUAGCUCGGCGCCUUCCGCAAUGCCGGUGCUAGCGCCCAUCCACGAGCACCGCAAGGCGCUGCUGGCGGCGCGGCAGGCGGCGGCGGAGCGGAGCCCGCUGGCCGUGGCGGCGGCGGCACUGGCUGCGGUGCCGGGAAUCGGGCAGCUCAUGCCGGCGAGCGCGCGGGAACGCGCGGCGGCGGCGGCAGCAUCACCCGGCGGCCAACAAGAGCUGGCGGCCGCCUCGCCCGAGGCGGCGGCGGCGGCGGCGCUGUACCCGCCCGUGGAGCUGCGGCACCAGGACAUGUACCUGCCGCCGGCGGCCGUGCUGCGGCGCAGCGCCUUCUUGCAGCCGCUGGACGAGCCCACCAACGAACUGUACCGCCGAGUGCUGCUGGCCGCCACCUCCUCGGCGGCGCCAGGGGCGGCGGCGGCGCCAGCGGUGGGGGAGCAAAAGUAGAUUGGUGGUUGCUUGGAUGCGGGAGGUGGUGUGGUGGCAGUGGCGCCAUGGCGCGUAUGAGUUGGGGGGGGCGAGGGCCAGGGGAGCAGCGGCGGCUGUGCGCAGGGGCGGCUGGGGGCCGACAGCUCGACGCGUCGAGAUUGCGCUCCGUGAGAGGGCUGAUCUGGGCUGCUGUGACGACCGUGCGCGCCGCCCCCGCGCACGUAGCUGGCGUGUGCCCCUCCUACUGGUGGCCAUUCGGUUGCCGCACGGCCGCACGCAGGACCAUGCCGCAUCAUGUCCUGUUGCUCUGUGGUAGGGUUGCAGUAUUCUUUGGUCUGCCUUCUGCGCCUCUGCGGCCGUGUGUCGGGCCCGGGUCUGAGGAGGAUUCGCAGCUGCAACUUAGUGCUCGCGCCGUGCACCCCUUCCCACCCACUCCCAAGCGCACACCCGCAUGGUGCAGAUGCAACUCCCAUCUCUGUCUGCCUCCCAGAAAGUUGCGUGGGCGGCAGACACACGCCCAUCACCGCCCAUCCGUGCUUGCGUUGCGAAAGGGCUGAAGCAGCGUGGGCCCAACGGCGAGUGCCAGCACUGCGACAUCCGCGACUGCCGCAAGUAUGUUCAGGGCCUCUGCUACCCCUGCUACUUUAAGGAGCGGCGCCGUAAGCGUUGAAGGAGUUAGUUGAAGGAGUUAGUUGCACGGCUUCUGUGAAUGUGAUGUGUUGGGCGGCGUGGGCGGCGUGGGCAGGCAUGCAGAAAGUUGCGUGGGCACAAAGUCGAGGGGUGCCAGUGACGUUACGUAAUACUAGUCGAUCUGUGCCGACGCUUUGCGACUAUCAUGGAGGAGUUGUCACAACGGUGUGUCCGUCACCGGCCAAGCACCCUGCUGAGCUUUGGCUCCGCCGCUGCGCGGCGGACAUGUACUCCGAUGGCGAGUCCCAACCCUCGAUCCC